CGGACAGACAGAGGGGCUGAGGGGAGGCCUCCUUUGCCAAAAUCAGGCCUUCUCACUGCAGGUGGUGGUGAUUACUAGAGGUAGCAUUGAGUUGACAAAAGGGGGUGAUAAUGCACCAUGGCAGCGGUCCUCAGAAUGUCCAGCAUCAGCUCCAGCGGUCCAGAUCCUUCACAGGCAGUGAGGGAGAAGAGCAGCAGUCACACCCAAAUUUACCCCAGUCCCCUGCCGCUCCGUUCGCUCCUUCGGCCUGCCCGUCCGCUCCCCAGUCACCCAGUUACCAAAUUCAGCAACUUAUGAGUAGAAGUCCAGUAGCCGGUCAGAAUGUGAACCUUUCACUGCAGAACGUGGGACCGGUAGUUGGAGGAAGCCAGCAGAUCACCCUGACCCCUUUGCCCAUCCCCAACCCCACCUCGCCGAGUUUCCAGUUCAGCCCUCAGCCGAGGCGGUUCGAGCACGGAUCCCCGUCCUACAUUCAAGUGGCCUCACCGUUGCCCCAGCAGGUCCGGCCUCAGAGCCCAACCCAGCCGAGCGCGGGGCCGGGGCCGACGCUGCCCGGGGUCCGGGCCGGCCCCUCCGGCCCCGGCCUGGGGCUGUGCGGCCCGAGCCCCGCCGGAGGAUUCGUGGACGCUAGCGUGCUCGUGCGACAGAUCGGCCUGAGCCCUUCGAAUGGCGGGCAUUUCGUGUAUCAGGAAGGGUCGGGCAUCGCCCAGAUCGCCCAAGGAACGCAGGUACAGCUCCAGCACACGGGCACCCCGAUGACUGUCCGAGAGCGCAGACUUUCGCAGCCUCACGCACAGACUGGUGGCACCGUUCAUCACCUUGGACCCCAGAGCCCGGCCACCGGCGGUGCCGGUAUCCAGCCUCUGUCUGGCUCGAGCCAUAUCACAGCGACUAACUUGCCUCCGCAGAUCAGCAGUAUUAUCCAAGGACAGCUGAUACAACAUCAACAAGUUCUUCACGGCCAGCAGUUGAGCAGACCCAUGGGAUUUGAUAGGACUUCAGGUGGAUUGAUAGCCGGGGUCGGAGGGUCUUCAUUUGGAAUGACAUCGCCACCCCCACCCACGAGCCCUUCUCGGGUUGCCGUCCCGCAGGGUCUUUCCAGUCUUCCUCUUACUCCCGCAGCGAGUGUGGGAGUGAAAAAACAACCUAAAAAACUAGACGAGAUUCCGCCGGCUUCUCAAGAAAUGGCCCAAAUGAGAAAGCAGUGCUUGGACCAUCACCACAAAGAGAUGGAUGCCCUGAAAGAAUCCUUUAAGGAAUGUUUGAUCGAACUCUUUUUCUUACAACACUUCCAAGGGAAUAUGAUGGAUUUCUUAGCUUUUAAGAAGAAGCACUGUGUACCCUUACAAGCGUAUCUGAGGCAGAAUGAUUUGGAUUUUGAGGAAGAAGAGGAGGAGAAGUCUGAGGUUAUCAAUGACGAGGUAAAGGUUGUGACAGGAAAGGAUGGGCAGACUGGUACUCCUGUUGCAAUAGCAACCCAGCUUCCUCCAAAUGUUUCUGCUGCUUUUCCAUCCCAGCAGCAACCGUUUCAGCAGCAAACGCUCCCAGGGAAUCUUAUAGCAGGGGCUACCACUUCCUCGGAAAGCGAGCCAGUUAAACGACAGCAAGUAUUAACUCCGGCAGAACAGUCAAAGAGGCCACGACUUGAGGUGGGGCAUCAUGGGGCAGUGUUCCAACAUCCCGCGGUGGCUACAGUAGUUCCGCUUCAGCAGUUAAUGCCAACAGCACAAGGUGGAAUGCCUCCCACUCCUCAAGCCGGACAGCUGACUGGACAGAAACAAAGCCAGCAGCAAUAUGACCCUUGUAAAGGUCCUCCUGUGCAGAACGCUGCGAGCUUACACACUCCCCCGCCUCAGCUCCCAGGGAGGCUGCAACCUGCCAACGUCCCGGUAACGUCUGUCCCGGCCGGCCUGCAGCCUCCGCAGCAGCAGCUGCCGGCAGUCGAGUCUCAGGCACCGCCCCAGGUUCAGGCGAAGGCCCAGCAGCCGACCGUCCCCGUUCCUGCCGCUCCCCCAAAUCAGCCCUCUGCUCCGCUUCAGCAGCCUGCCCAGCCAGCACUCCAUGCCCAGAUGCAAGCAAAAUCCCAAAUGCAGGUGGCCCCGCAUCAAACGCCGCCCCAGCUUCAGACUGUGGCGUUAACGAGAUCGCCCGCGGAUACCGUCCAGCCCUGCCAGCGUUCUGCUUCCAGUUCUCUGUCUACCUCAUCCUCCACACCAGCAAGCCUGUCGGGCCCGGCCCCUCCGCCCGCACGCUCGUCUCCGGUUAACAAGCCCUCCCCGACAACCAACAAGUCGGCGUCUCCGGUCGCGUCCCGGUCGCCUGGAGCGACCGGGGCCACCAACCCCAAGCCGCAGAGCCCCGCACACAAUGCAGCAGCUCAGCUCCAGGACAGUUCUCCAGAUAAGCUGGCUGAACAAGUUACAUUGGAAAAUCAAAUCCAUCAACGAAUAGCAGAACUGAGGAAGGAAGGUUUGUGGUCUCUGAAGCGACUGCCAAAACUUCAGGAGGCUCCAAGACCCAAAUCUCACUGGGAUUAUCUUUUGGAGGAAAUGCAGUGGAUGGCGACUGAUUUUGCUCAAGAGAGAAGGUGGAAAAUGGCAGCAGCCAAGAAGCUUGUUAGAACCGCAGCUCGCUAUCACGAAGAGAAGAAACUGCUUGAAGAAAGAGGCAGGAAAGAGGAGCAAAAUCGAUUAAGACGAAUAGCUGCUUCCACUGCUAGAGAAAUUGAGUAUUUUUGGUCAAAUAUUGAACAGGUUGUGGAAAUAAAACUGCAGAUAGAGUUAGAAGAGAAAAGGAGAAAAGCCUUAAAUUUACAGAAAAUUUCCAAAAGAGAUUCAAGGCCUAAGGAGCAUCUUGCUAUAUCAGAAAAUUUUGUGGAUUCGGCAAAAUCUGGAAGGAAAAGAAAAGCUAGCACGUCUCUAACUGAUGAUGAAGUGGAAGAUGAAGAGGAAACAAUUGAAGAACAAGAGUCGAAUGAGGGGAAUAUAGACCAUCAAGCAGAACUGACUAAUUUAGCCAAAGAAGCUGAAUUACCUCUGGGUGACUUGAUGAAAUUAUAUGAAGGUGCCUUUACUCAAACUGUUCAAUGGACCCAAGUUAAGCCUGACAGUGAAGAGACCAGUGAAGAAGAUGUGGAAGAUACUGCAGGUGAUAGAGAGAGCCCUCAGAAGGAAGUGGUUCUUAUAGAUUCACUUCUGAGCAUCGAUCAGUUUAAAAGCGCCGAAAGAACAAAUAUCGGAAGGCCCAACACGAGAGAUAUUGCCGAGGUGGCUGCAACGGCGGAGAUCCUGUUACCUAAAGGCAGCGCUCGUAUCACGACAGCGGUGAAGUUUAAUACUCCCUCUCUGUUGUACGGAACACUUCGAGAGUAUCAGAAGAUUGGAUUAGACUGGUUGGCUAAACUCUACAAAAAGAAUCUUAAUGGCAUUUUAGCGGACGAGGCUGGGCUUGGUAAAACUGUGCAGAUCAUUGCCUUUUUUGCACAUUUAGCGUGUAAUGAAGGAAACUGGGGACCUCACCUCGUUGUCGUGCGGAGUUGUAACAUAUUAAAAUGGGAGCUGGAAUUGAAGCGCUGGUGUCCUGGGUUAAAAAUACUUCUGUACUUUGGCAGCCAUAGAGAACUUAAAGCCAAGAGACAGGAAUGGACUGAACCCAACAGCUUCCAUGUUUGCAUCACCUCCUAUAAACAGUUCUUUAAAGGACACCAAGCGUUCACAAAAGUGAGGUGGAAAUACUUGGUUGUUGAUGAGAUGCAGCAAAUAAAGAACAUGACCGAAAAGCAUUGGGAAGCACUUUUCAAUCUACGCAGCCAACACCGUUUGCUUCUGAUAGACGCUCCUUUGCACAACACCCUGAUGGAGCUGUGGACCAUGGUGCACUUUUUAAUACCAGGAAUUUCCAGACCCUAUCUGGACUUCCCAGUGAAAGCAGCUAAUGAGGAAAACCAGGAUUACUACCAUAAAGUGGUCAUAAGAUUGCACAGAAUGACUCAACCGUUUAUCUUGAGAAGAACUAAAAGGGAUGUUGAAAAGCAGCUUGCAAAGAAAUAUGAACAUGUGUUGAAGUGUCGCCUUUCUAACAGGCAAAAGAUGUUGUAUGAAGAUGUUAUAGUGCAGCCCCGAACACAAGAAGCUCUUAAAAGUGGACAUUUUGUCAAUGUCCUUCAUAUCUUAAUGAAGCUGCAAAAGAUAUGUAAUCACCCCGCUCUAAUAGAUCCCAGACUUCCUGGCUCCUCUUAUGUAGCAGAAACAUUGGAAUAUAGAUCUGCUGCUUUGAUUUUAAAGGCUUUGGAGUUUGAUAUUUGGAAGGAGGCAGACCUUUCUCUAUUUGAUUUGAUUGGAUUAGAAAGCAAAGUGACACACUAUGAAGCCCAAGUCCUAGCAAAGAAAAAGGUGACCCGCAAGCUUAUUGAAGAAAUCUUCAGUUCCCCAUCUCCUCCAGCCAGACUCAACCCAGUCAAGCUUAAACCAAGCAGGUUGUUUCAGCCCGUUCAAUAUGGGCAGAAGCCCGAGGGGAAGACUGUAGCUUUCCCAAGUUCACAGGCAUCCCGUUCAGUGAGCACCACGGCAGCUACAGUAAGCCCUCAGGGUCAAGUUCGAGGAAGGUCUCCCAUUGCCACGUUCUCAGCAAAUCAGGACACAAAAGCGGCCGCAGCCCCGUUUCAGCCACCUCAGGCCUCUACCAGUGCUCCGAGACCACAGCCACCAGCGACCUUCAGCACAGCAACUAGCACAGCCAAUCCUGUGAAACAGCGGGGUCAGAUCACUACCCAGGCCUCCCACCUAGGCCAGACCCAGCCUCAGGCCCCCUCCCACACCAUCCAACAGAGUGUGCUGCCCCAGAGGCUGGUACUGACCUCUCAGGCCCAGGCACGGUUGCCUAGUGGUGAAGUAGUAAAAAUUGCCCAGUUGGCUUCCAUAGCGGGAACACAAAGUAGAGUCGCUCAGCCAGAGACCCCCGUGACACUGCAGUUUCAAGGGAAUAAGUUUACGUUGUCACAUAGCCAGCUGAGACAGCUCACUGCGGGCCAGCCUCUCCAGCUGCAAGGCAGUGUUCUUCAGAUUGUCUCUGCCCCAGGCCAGCAAUAUUUGCGCCCUCAAGGGCCGGUUGUGAUGCAGACAGUGUCUCAGGCUGGAGCCGUCCAAAACGCUCUCAACGCAUUGGGGAAUAAGCAACAAGCAAAUGUUCCGAGUUCUCCCGCGGUGACCCCACAAGUUGGUGUUCCAGGUAGAAGUGCAGUUACUACCCUGACAUCAGGGGACUCUGGAUUAAUAUCAAAAUCUGCCCCUUCUAUUGGAGGCCAAACACAGGAGGAAAAGACCCGACUUCUGAAGGAGCGCCUGGACCGAAUAUAUUUUGGCAAUGAACGGCGCUGUACCCGGGUUCCGGUCUAUGGCCGAGACUUGUUAGGAAUUUUUUCCCUGUUUGGUGAAAAAAAGAUGCCUCAACCUGGAUUAUCCAGCAGAAAUCAAUGGAGGUGGGCUGGACUGGUGAACUGUUGCCUCUCAGCAUUAAGAAGCCCAAAUGAUCCCUUGCAGUGUCUGAUUUUGACAUCGGAUCAACGAAAAGAAUCCCUCCAGGAUGCUAUGAACAGGGUGGGUUGUGUGCUUCCUGCUGUGGUAGCUGCACCGCCUCGUAUGAGUGUAGCCAAACCUCCCGCUUCAUACAGCCACAGAAUGAAACUCUUCAGGCAUCGCCUCAAAGAACAAGCAGCUCCUCACUUACAACAGUUACGGCAGAUGACAGCUCUGCGUUCAUUGCAGUUUCCUGACCUCAGGCUGGUGCAGUACGAUUCAGGAAAGUUGGAAGCCCUGGCCGUGUUGCUUCAGAAGCUGAAAUCUGAGGGACGCCGGGUGCUGAUUUUAUCACAGAUGGUGCUAAUGUUAGACAUUUUAGAGAUGUUCUUAAACUUCCAUUAUCUCACCUAUAUCAGAGUGGAUGAAAAUGCUAACGGCGAACAGCGCUUGGAAUUGAUGAAGAGUUUCAAUAGAGAUAAAAGAAUAUUUUGUGCCAUCAUUUCAACGCACAGUCGUUCUGCUGGUGUAAAUCUUGUAGAAGCGGAUACGGUUGUAUUUUAUGACAAUGAUUUAAAUCCAGUGAUGGAUGUAAAGGCUCAAGAGUGGUGUGAGAGAAUCGGGAGAUGCAAGGACAUUCACAUCUACAGGCUAGUGAGUGGCAAUUCUAUAGAAGAGAAACUGUUGAAAAAUGGAACAAAGGAUCUGAUCAGAGAAGUAGCCGCUCAGGGAAAUGAUUAUUCCAUGGCAUUUUUAACACAGCAAACGAUUCAAGAGCUAUUUGAGGUUUAUUCCCCUAUGGAGGACUCUGGUUUUCGUGUGAAAGCUGAGGAAUUUGUGGUACUUUCUCAGGAGCCCUCCCCAGCAGAAACCAUUGCACCCAAGAUCGCAAGACCUUUUAUAGAGGCUCUGAACAGCAUUGAAUCUCUGGAGGAUGAUCCAAAAAGCUCUUCAGAGGAGGCAGUGACCGAGUCGCAUCCUGAUAUCUUAUCUUCCGACUUAGCUGAUUCAAAAGUUAAAGAGGAACCUUCACAGUUAGAUGAAUUUGCUGACUUUAUGGAACAGCUCACACCAAUUGAGAAAUAUGCUCUGAAUUACCUGGAACUAUUUCAUACUUCUGUUGAUCAGGAAAAGCAGAGAGAUGCUGAGGAGGUAGCAAAGGUUUCCAAGGAGUGGGAAUCAAAAAACGUUAAGAUCCUCAAAGAAAGGGAAGCCAAAAUGCUUAUGGAAGAGGAGGAAGAAUUGUUGACCUAUACCAGAGAAGAUGCCUAUAACAUGGAAUAUGUCUAUGAAGAUCCAGAUGGACAGGCAGAAACGAUGCCACUUUGGACUCCACCAACCCCACCUCAGGAUGAUAACGAUAUCUACAUCGAUUCUGUUAUGUGUUUGAUGUAUGAAAAUAUCCCUAUUCCAGAGUCUAAGCUGCCUCCUGUGUAUGUGAGGAAGGAGCGAAAGCGACACAAAACAGAUCCCUCAGACAGCCCCCCUGUUCUAGCUGCAGGUAGGAAGAAGAAACAGCGGCACGGGGAAGUGGUCAUCCCUCCUCGAUCGUUGUUCGACCGGGCGACUCCGGGGAUGUUGAAGAUGCGCCGCGAGGGCAAAGAGCAGAAGAAGAACAUCCUGCUGAAACAGCAAACCCAAUUCGCCAAGCCUUUGCCAACGUUUGUGAAGCCGGCCACGGAGGCCGGGCAGGACAACCCAGAGUGGCUCAUUAGUGAAGACUGGGCGUUGCUACAGGCCGUGAAGCAGUUGCUCGAACUCCCUUUAAACCUCACCAUCCUGUCACCGGCCCACACCCCCAACUGGGAUCUCGUUAGCGACGUCGUUAAUUCUUGCAGCCGAGUGUACCGCUCUUCCAAACAGUGCCGCAACCGAUAUGAGAACGUCAUCAUUCCGAGGGAAGAAGGGAAGAGUAAAAAUAACCGCCCUCUACGUACCAGCCAGAUCUACGCCCAAGAUGAGAAUGCAACACACACUCAGCUGUACACGAAUCACUUUGAUUUAAUGAAAAUGACUGCCGGAAAGCGAAGUCCCCCAAUCAAGCCCUUACUUGGCAUGAACCCUUUCCAGAAGAACCCAAAGCACGCUUCGGUGCUGGCGGAAAGUGGAAUCAACUAUGACAAACCCCUGCCUCCGAUUCAGGUUGCGUCCCUGCGUGCAGAGCGAAUUGCAAAAGAGAAAAAGGCUUUGGCUGAGCAGCAGCGGGCACAGCAGCAGACAGGCCCACAGCCUCCCCAGCAACCAGCUGGGCAGCAAUCAUCAGGACAGCCAGCCGCGCAACCACAACCCCCAGCCCAACCUCAAGUGGUUCAGCAGCAGCAGCCAAAGGUGCAGACUGCAAUAACCACUGUGGCCAACACUGCAGUACUGGCUGGUGCAAUUAAAUCAACAGUUACUGGAACAAGCAUACCGACUGGUACAGUUAGCGGCAACGUUAUAGUGAAUACAAUAGCUGGGGUCCCUGCCGCCACCUUUCAGUCUAUUAACAAACGUCUUGCGUCGCCUGUAGUGCCUGGAACUUUGACAGCUUCCGGGGGGGCGGCCCCGGCCCAGGUGGUCCACCCCCAGCAGCGAACGGUUACCACUCCCACCGCCUCCACCGAACUGGUGCCGAUAGCGUCCACCCAGGGGGUCCGAGCCGUCACCUCGGCCCCCGCCCCGGCGGUGGUGACCACCAACCUCACCCCCGUCCAGACCCAGACGAGGUCUCUUGUGACGCAGGUGACUCAAGCGACGGGAGUACAGCUUCCUGGCAAGACCAUCAGCCCUGCCCACUUCCAGCUUCUCCGGCAGCAACAGCAGCAGCAGCAGCAACAGGCCACGCAGGUGCAAGUCCCACAACUCCAGGGCCAGGCCCAGUCUCCCGCCCAAAUCAAAGCCGUGGGGAAGUUAACGCAGGAGCAGCUGAUCAAAUUGCAGAAGCAGAAACUGCAGGUCCCCCAGCAGCAGGCACCUCAACAGCAGACUCAGCCAGCCACCCAACAACAAGCGACACAAGUUCAAGUGCAACAACAGCAACAACAACAACAACAGCAGCAGCAGCCGCCGCAGCAGCAAACCCAACAACUCACUGCCGUCACAGCCCCCAGGCCUGGAGCUCUCCUCACGGGCACCACCGUUACUAAUCUCCAGGUUGCUCGUCUCACUCGUGUUCCUACUUCCCAGCUGCAAGCACAAGGGCAGAUCCAGGCCCAAACAACUCAGACUGCUCAAGUCGCUCUGGCAAAGCCUCCGGUUGUGUCCGUUCCGGCGGCCGUCGUGUCAUCGGCUGGGGUCACGACGCUCCCCGUCAAUGUCGCUGGCAUCAGUGUUGCGAUUGGGCAGCCCCAGAAAGCAGCAGGGCAGACAGUGGUGGCACAGCCCCUGCACGUCCAGCAGCUUUUGAAACUCAAACAACAAGCCGUCCAGCAGAAAGCCAUCCAACCCCAAGUGGCUCAAGGGCAAGCCACGGUGCAGCCCAAGAUCACUGCGCAACAGGUCACUGCCCAAGGCCAGCAACAGAAAGUAACAUACGCCACGCAACCAGCGAUAAAAACUCAGUUUCUCACCACACCUAUUUCUCAGGCUCAGAAACUGGCGGGAACGCAGCAAGUGCAGACACAAAUACAAGUUGCAAAGCUUCCCCAAGUAGUCCAACAGCAAACAACUGUAGCCAGUAUUCAGCAAGUGGCCUCUGCUUCUCAACAGGCUUCACCACAGACCGUGACACUCUCCCAGGCAACAGCUGCCGGCCAGCAAGUACAGAUGAUCCCCGCAGUGACUGCCACAGCUCAGGUGGUUCAACAGAAACUCAUCCAGCAGCAAGUCGUAACUACAGCGGCCCCACAACUGCAGAUUCCAGGUGUUCCGAAUCCCGCGCAGGUGCCGGCCAACUCCGAUGCUCAGAAUCAGCAGGCCAAACUGCAAAUGAGGAUGCCAGCUGUCCGAUUAAAGGCACCCACGAAACCCAGUUGAGCCACUGAUUCAAUUCAAAAAGCAGACCGGCAAGGCAAAACAGGCCUAUCCUUUACAUUUCUUCGUCAAAAGACAGAAAACUACCUUCGGUGAAGAAACGGUAUUUAUUCCUGGUCCCUGGAACAGUAGCUUGCAAACCACUCAGCAUAUGGAAAGCUCUAACCGAAAUAAAAGUAGUCGAACAGUUUAUUAAAGUAAAAUGCAUCUUACUCCGAAAGCAGUGAUCCUUCUUGUGCUGAAUGUCUCUUUCUUUAAGUUGAACGACUAAUUGAAACAAUGACAGCGGUAAUCGGAACUCUUCAUAAAUCAUUUCGGUGUUGUCUCCGGAGCAAUAGGACUUGCAUAGAUAGCCAUGCAGUUGAAUUUCACUUUAUUUGUAUAGAAUUUCGCAUAUUUCAUUGGCAAAUUGAAAUGUGCAGUCAGUCCCCAAACAGGAAUGUCUUUUUUUAAAGCUUAAAAAAACCUUGAUGAAGUCUGACAGUUUAAUUCUUUCUACUUAGAAAGACCACCGUCCUUACCUGAAAAGGGAAUAGGUAAUGUGAACCAAUUGUAAUUGAAUUUUCAUUCCAAAGAAUACGGACGUGAAUUCAUUUUUCUCUUGAUGUGUGAUUUGUUUUCAAAGAAAACAGAAUUGUUUUAAAAGAAUGUUUAUUAGCGAUAUACAUCUAAAUACAUAAUGGAUGUGUUCCCUUGGUUUUGAAUAGUGUCUUCUGGCAUAUUAAAUGCAGGGUGUUCAACAGGUGAGUCAUCUGGUUUUCGUUACCUUUUUAACCAUCAGGCUAAUUUAAGAUAGGAACAUUGUACGAGGGUGAGUUCGGGUGCAUUGUCCCUCUUCCUGGGUAUAAUUUACAGGUAAAAUAGCUUCUUUAAUAAAUAGUGAGAGAGAUAUGAAAGAGAAUGAAAGAGCGUACCUCACUUGCACAGCUCCUAUAUAUCUGUGGUCCGUGUUUUGAGGACAUGAAAGAUGUGUUGCACUAAAUAGUCAAUCUGAAGAUGAAUGUGAACCACAGAGAUGUACCAAAUAUACCGUUAACUGAAAAUAGGUAGCAAGUUGUAACACGUUUGGUUUUAAACAUCUACACGUGUGCUGGAAUUUUAAAGUAAACGGACUUUGCGGCAGCUUUACCGUCUCAUUUGGUUUCUUGAGUUUCACAAAUGACAAAAUCGUAUUUGCUGGCUCCGCGUCAUUUGUGGAACUAUUUGAAGUUUAGAAGACUCCAUCUGUACUCAAGGUAGUUUUUUUUUUUUAAUGAAGGCAGGUGAUGAGUGUAACUUCAGAUAAAUACGUUGGUUGAAAAUGGCUUCUCACCCGCAAGUUGUUUGCCUUAUAUUUAAUCACUGAGAAGAAAAGUGAAAUGUUAAAACGACUCCCUUGUUGGUUAGACUUUGUCACCUCUGCCCCCCCUGAAGACAAUAGAGUGAACUAGGUUUAUUCUUCCAUUAUGGGUUUCAAUAAAUCAGUGCUGUUGAGUGUCUAGUGUUCUGCAGGACACUGUACUAAGCACUCGGGAAAGUACAGUACAAUAGUUGUAGACCUAAUCCCUUCCCACGAGCAGCUUUCAGUGUACAGGGUGAGACAGACUUUAAAAUCAAUUACAGGUCUGUCGCCCCUUCAAACCACAGGUCUUAAUUUUUUGUUGAAAAAUCGGUUUCCCUCCCCCUUCUUGUGUAACUUUAGUUUUUUAAAAUGUUUCAUUUUAGGAAACUUUUUAAGAAAACCACUAUAUUCAGUUAUUGGUUAAAUCUAUGCAACUUGCAGAACUAGAUGAAGAAAAAGUGAAACUGGCCUGCUAACGUACUCCUCCUACUCUGGAGAAAAAUGGAAAAAAAAAGUUAAAUAGCAGAUAUAAAUAACUAAAAGGCUUGUUAAUCUGAGAGAGAGAAAAGCGCUUUUGUUGACCACUUUUUUGAGGCCCCAAAAUUUAAACUUACACAGUCCUGAUUUUGUUGUGCGUUAUGUCUGAGGCAAUACGGAAAGUUAAUUUCUUUGACUUUGCCGCCCAGUCAUCCUAGUCUGGUGGUUUUAUGAACUGGACUUCCAUAAUAGAACAUUAUUGCAACUGGAACCUGAAAUUACAGAAAUAUUCAAUCGUAAUUAUGUUGGAUUUGUUACCUUUGAUCUCUCUGGAUCUUAAUUGAGGGACAAAUGACCUUUUUUUUUUUUUACAAGAAAUACAUAUUGAGAGCAUUUAUUUUAGAAAAUCCUGAAAUGUGCCACACUGAUGCAUGCGUAGGGUUUAAUUUUCUGAUCCGUACAUCCGGAAUAGAAUUUUUGAACCAGUUAAAGAAAAUUUACAGAUUACCAAGAAAAGAGUUAUUUUUUUAUCAGCACCGAUCGGACCACGAAACCUCUUUCUGCUGUCUGUGAUUCAUUUCUAUCAUGAACUUCUCCGAUGUAACAGUUUAUGUGGUCGAACCUUUUGUACACAAAGAAUUAUAAUUGGAAAAGAUCUCUCUGCUCCAUUGCACGUGGACCAUGCAAGAGGAGGAAAUAUAUAUAUAAGACUCCACGGAUGUGAGUAGUUAACACAGUUGUUUGGGCAACUCUGCAUUUCCAAACUCCUGUGAGAGGUCCGGCCUCCCGUAUUUAUUAAGACAAACAAUGACGUUUGGUAAUGCCAUUCUGCAUUCCUUUCCAGAAAUAUACUAAUGCAUAUAUGGAAGGUAAAUUCAGGGCUUAUAAAAGUAAACGGCAGGCGAAGCCAUUGUGAGAUUUUAUUUUUAUUGAUCACGAUAGUCUGAGUUGCCCAGCUGUAUCCCAACAGAUCUUCCCUUUCCUUACGUCCAGAAUGUUUGAAAGCAUUCACUGGUGAAGCACAUUGGCCGCAUCCAAGCCCGGUUUGGAUUUGGAGCCUAGAGACAACGGUUUCCUUUUCACGAUUAAAACUGCUGGCUUUUGGGGUUGUUAACUCUUUUAACUGAUUAGCUGUUGUGUUUUAAAAGAUAAAGGAACGAGAUGAAAGUGUAAAUACUUUGUAAACAUAAACAUUUGUACUUGAAACGUAGGACUGUAAGGAGCAUUGGCAUCCUACCAAGCUAAAGAUAUAAUAAAGUGUCCUUUUUUA